UCGCUAUAUAAUCAGAUGGUAGCGCAGAAUGGUAGCUUGCCGUGUUUCUUUCUAAACAGUUUCUAAAUGAAAACCACAGAUGGCUAGCCUCUCCACGACGCUAACGAAAGAUCGGACAUACCCUGUGAACUUUACGUGCCAAAGAUGUUGUCAGCCGCUCAAACUAGACUCCUCGUUCAUGACGAUCGACGACCAAACUUUCGCCGAACUCUCCGCUCCGUUUCUCCUCUACGCCGACCAAAACGAGAGCGGCAACAUUCCUCAGCCCCAAUUUUACUACAGCGUUUCUGAACCCGAAACUGUGUUGGCAACGCGAACCAUAGAGCCUCUUCGCGCUAUCGAAAGCGGCAAUGGCUUCAUACUCGUCGGAGGCAAUUCCGCAACCCAAGACACGGGUAUCAGCCAUCGCUUCCGUGUCGACGCUCAGCUGUUCGAUAUCAUGACGAAUGUAUCGGGCGUGGAUUACCCCAUCUGCGAAGAAUGCACCGAUAACCUUCUCGAUCAAAUGGAAGGGCAGCUAGACCUCGCCGAAGACGAGUGCAAGGACUACAAGAAGUUUUUGGACCAACUCGCUGGCAGCGAGGAAGACGACGAUCUGGAGCAUUUAGAUAAGCAAUUACAAGAACUCAAAGUGCGCGAAACAGAGCUGCUGAGCGAAAUUGAACAAGUCGAAAAAGAACGAGCGGCGAUCGAAAUGGAACGCAAGAAACAGGCCGCCGAGAAGGAGCGCCUCCAUGCGGACGAAAGCCGUUACUGGCGGGAAUACGCAAAUCUAGAGCGGCAGCUUUUGCUGUGCGCGGACGACCAGGUGAGCGUGGACACCCAGAUGCGUUACGCCCAGGCUCAACUGGACAAACUCACGCACACCAACGUCUUCAACGCCACCUUCCACAUCUGGCACGACGGCCACUUCGGCACCAUCAACAACUUCCGGCUGGGUCGGCUGCCGAACGUCCGCGUCGAAGCCAGCGAGAUCAACGUCGCCUGGGGGCAGACUGUCCUCCUCUUGCACUCGCUCGCCAAAAAGAUGGACCUGACGUUCAAACGGUACAGGUUGAUACCGUACGGUAACCAUUCGUACCUGGAGUCGCUGGAGGGCAAGCCCAGGGAGCUGCCGCUACACUUCACCGGAGGCUUCAAGUUCCUGUGGGACCCUCGUUUCGAUCAGGCCAUGGUUGCAUUUCUGGACUGCCUCCAGCAGUUCAAGGAGGAAGUGGAGAGGCGCAGUCCAGAAUUCUCCCUCCCGUAUCGGAUGGACAAGGGCAAGAUCGAAGACACCAGUACCGGACAGCAGUACUCGAUAAAGAUACAGUUCAACUCGGAGGAGCAGUGGACAAAGGCACUCAAGUUUAUGCUGACCAAUAUGAAAUGGGGACUGGCUUGGGUAUCGGCCCAACUUGCACACGACGCAAGGCGUUAGGUUGCAAGCUGUCUGGUUGCACGCAGGCGGCAACCACGUAAUCUACGCAAUCUCAAAAAAGUGCAAUUUAUAACUGUCCCGUUAACGGGCACAGAUAAAACCCUUAUUGAAAGUCGAGUGUUCCGAUCCUAAAUAAACUACCCUGCAUUCAAUGCAGAAAAUGUCACAAAAAAAAAAUGAAAGUAUGGUGUAUUGUUCGAGAAUCUGCCUGCAAAGCUUUGUAGGGAAUCAAAUGUAACUCUUCUCUUGCAAAUAUUGUAUCAACAAGUAAUGGAAUAGUACUUCGAAGCAACCAUAAUGAGACAUUUCAAGCAACGCUUAAAACCUUUUUCCCACGGCAGUCUUUCUAGUUAAAGGCAGUUGCAAGUUCACGGAAAUGUAAUCACACAGACUGCAAAAAGCGUAUUUUCCAACAUUUUAUUAUACAGCUGAGACUUUGUUUUCAUCAAAGACUUCAAAGUGUCCUUCCCUUUGCCCUGCGUAGCCACUACUUUUUCUUUAAGUACCGGAAGAUCGCAAAAAAUAGCCUCCGCAGCACCUUGCAAACAACACUGUGGAUGUGAACAUCGGUAACUCGCACGCUGUCUGCGACACUCUUCACUACAACCCGUUCGCCCAUAAAGCGUGCAAUUAGCGUAGGGGGUGGGGGGGCGUUCGUGAAAAUUUCUAGUCCGUUGUUUUCGCAGAGCUAAGGUCGUAGGCUCAACGUUCCGCUCUCGUAGUCCGGGCAACGUACGGUAGGUCGGGCGUACGGAAGCACACGUGAUGUACACGGUUUCUAUGCACGUUAAAAUGCAGUAUCCGAGAUACAACUGGCAUACGCGCGUCUCUCACAAAAACAGAAAA